CAACUGUGGUCUGAGGAAGGACACGCAUUCUCACUCAGACAGCGCAGAGUUCCGUGUUCAACAAACGCAUUUUCUGCUGCGCAACACAUUCAGAGGUUCGCAUCGAGACUCUCUUUCUCGCCACAAUGUCGAUGACCGUGAAAGCUUACCUUAUCGGUAAGGACGACUGCAACAAGGAGAUCCGCCGCUUCGCCGUGGAUCAGGACGUCUCAACAAGUUAUGAGUAUCUGAAGAGAAAAGUGCUCGAUGUUUUCGUCGGGCUCAGGACUGCGCCCUUUCAAAUGUACUAUAAAGAUGAAGAUGGUGACCUGAUUGCCUUCUCCUCUGACGAUGAGCUCAUGAUGGGGCUGGCUCUUGUGAAGGAUGGCACUUUCCGUGUCAACAUCAAGCAAAGAAAGGAGCACAAACGUGAUCCCUCACCUCAUGGGGUCCCUGGGUUCUCAUUCCCCCCGCCUCAUGGAGCCCCUCACUUCAGCCCCCCAGGACCUAAUCCUAUGGGUCCACCUCCAAUGGGUCCCCCAGGAGCACCUCACAUGGGGCCUCCUCCCCAUUUCCCUCAAAUGCCACACCCAGGGGUGACCUGUGAUGGGUGUGAUGGGCCGGUGGUUGGAACACGUUUCAAGUGCACCGUUUGCCCCGAUUAUGACUUGUGCUCCUCCUGCCAGGGCAAAGGCCUCCACAAGGAGCAUCCUCUCCUGCCCCUCUUUCACCCCAUGGCCAACAUGUUUGAGUGGUUCCCUCGUGGGAAGUUUUGGCGUAAGAUGAGACACUGCAUGUGGGCUAAUACCCAGGCUCAGGCUCAAGCUCAGAACCAGGCUCAGCCAGGCCCAUCAGGAGUCCAGCAGAACCAGGAUGCUUCUGAAAACAUGAGAGAGAACGGUGUUACUGACUCCUCCCAGGCCAAUAUGGAGUACCUAAAGAACAUUGGAGAGGGAGUGGCGGCCAUGUUGAGCCCCCUUGGAAUAGAUGUGGACAUCGACGUUGAGCAUGAGGGGAAGCGGACCAAAGUUACACCAACUCCUCCUGCCUCCAGUGGGCCACCUAGUGCUCGGAGUGAGAGUGGCUCUAUAGGGCUUCUCUCCAGAGGGUCUGGUCCUGGAAGUCAGGCCAAUGAAGAGAGCAUCAGUGAAGGAACAAAGAAAGACCAAGGCAGUGAUGAGGAAUGGACUCAUCUCAGCUCUAAAGAGGUGGACCCCUCCACAGGAGAGCUGCAGUCCCUCAGGUUGGAGCAGGACGGGACAGAUCAUCCAGCACCACUGAGUACUGACUCCAGCACAAGCGCCUCUGAGGGUCCCACUGGUCUGCGCGAGGCAGCUCUCUACCCACACCUUCCUCAAGAUGCAGACCCCAGGCUGGUGGAGUCUCUUUCUCAGAUGCUCUCCAUGGGCUUCACUGAUGAGGGUGGAUGGUUGACCAGACUGCUCCACGCCAAGAAUUUCGACAUCGGAUCUGCCCUGGAUACCAUCCAGUACUCCAAACCCGGCUCACAGAAGUAGAGAAGGAGCACGGGAAUGAAGAAGACCUGGGCCACAACUAUUGAUGUUUGAAGAUUUUGGCCUAUUUUCUAUUAACAAAGUCUUUCCAUAUUUUUUCCAAUGACAAAUUAUUUAGGUAAAUGCUAUCAACAAUAUCAAUUACUCAGGUGACUUGGCACUUAGUUAAGUUCAUUAAUGGGCUUUUAUGCAAAAUAGAUAUAUUCAGCAUUUCUGUAAUUAGCAUUACAUCUCAUAUAUAUGCAUAUUACAUAUAAAAGUAGAAGUCUACAUCUGUGUGCUUUUUCUAUUUGCAUUUACAUAACCAAUAAGAAGAGUUUGUAGACAAGUGGAAGUGGAAACCUGGGGGUAUUUUUAUUGUUAGUUUGAAUAAAUCGAUGGAAUAAGGUUAAUGUCACUGUAGGUCUUCUAAAAUUCCUGUCCUUUCUGUCUACAAUAAAAUGCAAUAAAUAAA